AUUUAAAUGUAUUACAACAGCCACAACGUCAGCAAGAAUUAAAUGAUUUUAUCAGCAAAUGUAAAGACAUUGAUGAAAUGAUUGGGCCAAUUACACCGACAAGCCCAAACUAUUUUCAAGCACUACGUAAAUUUAAAUUUGAAAAUGUUCGUGAAAAAUUUGAACAACAGCAACAAGAUAAUAAUAACAGUAGCAAUGGUAACGGCAAAACUGUUUCAAUUGAUGCAUCACAUGUCCGAGUACAUUGUCCUAACAAGCCAAUGCAUUCGACUGUCGAAUUUCUCACUGAAGAAAUCGAUUCGUCGGUUGUACGAAUUCGUGAAAACAAAGCAUUAUCAGGUCAUUUGUCCAAAGUGUUUGAUGAUGUUGAAAAGAAUUAUACACGAAAACAGUCAACAAUAUCUGCCAAUCAUAGCCAUAAUAAUGAUAAUAUCAAUGAUUCUAUCGAACAAUUCUAUUCGUCUUCGAUCAAUGGAAAUCAUCAGCAUCAGCAAUCAUCAUCACUUGAAGAUUGUACAUUUCAAUUAUAUAAAUUUAACAUCGAAACAAAUGAAUGUGAAUAUGGAAAUUAUAUUGAUCUGGAGAUGAAUAUCGAUGAACAAAAUGAAGAAUUGGAUGGCUUCUUAUCAAGUCGCAAGAAUGCGGUCAUUUUACGAACCAAACUAUCGGUACGCGUUCAUGCUAUUAUUGAAAAACUUUUAAACUCUUCAGGAAAAGAAUUACGUCGUGCAUUGUUCUCUUUAAAGCAGAUAUUUCAGUAUGACAAAGAUCUAGUACACGAAUUUGUCCGUAAUGAUGGUCUAGCUUGUUUAAUCAAAGUUGGAUCCGAAGCCGAUCAAAACUAUCAAAACUAUAUACUCAGAGCACUUGGCCAACUAAUGCUUUAUGUUGAUGGUAUGAAUGGUGUAAUCGAACAUCCGGAAACCAUACAAUGGCUUUAUUCGUUGAUCUCUUCAGAAUAUCGAUUGGUGGUUAAAACCGCAUUUAAAUUAUUAUUAGUCUUUGUGGAGUAUGUCGAUAGUAAUUGUCUGAUAUUGAUCAAUAGCAUCCAUCAAAUUGACAGCGAAAGAGGUGUUAAGCCAUGGAACAAUAUAAUGAGCAUUUUGAACGAAAAAGAUUCGGCCGAUAUCGAACUAUUAAUCUUUUCAAUGACAUUAAUCAACAAAACAUUGAAUGGCCUACCGGAUCAAGAUACUUAUUACGAUGUUUGUGAUGCAUUGGAAGAACAAGGAAUCGAACGAAUCAUUCAGCAUUACAUGUCAAAACAUGGUACAGAUCGUGAUUUGUUGCAACAGUUCCGUAUUUACGAAGCCGUUCUAAGACUUGAAGACGGUGAUGAUGACGGUAAUGGUAUACCAGCCGAUUCUAGACAUAUUCCUCGAAAUAGAAAAACAAACAACAAUAACAAUGAAGACCGCCGUAAAAGUAAACGUCAUUCAAUUGACAUGGUUAAACAAUCUUUUCCUGUUAAAAAUAGCCAAAGCAAUGGAACAUCACAAUUUAUUCGAUUUAAUAACAAGUCAAUUUCAUCAUCAAAUUCAUCUUUCACCAAUAAGAAAACUUUCUAUAAUUUGCCUCCAAAUGUCAAUCCAUCCAUGGUAUCAAAUGGAUUUGAUGAAAUCAACAUCAAUCUCAAGAAAAGAGAUUUUCGUUCAAAAAGUUUAGCUCGAGAACAUGAGAUUCACAAUCAACGUUCGAGUAUUUCUUCCUGCAGUAGUGCCGAUUCAUAUGGAUCGUAUGCUAGCUACGGCAGUUAUGUUAGUAAUGAAGAUACCAAAACAGCAACUUUGAUCGAUCCGCUUAAAAAUCUAGAUUCACCUUCUAUAGAUAGUAAUGAGGAUGAUACCGAUCGUAGUUUGGAUUUGAACAGUCGAAGUUCGAAUCACACUGAAUCAUCUGAUGAAAUGUUGAAGCCUCAUGAUUUUGAUGGUUCACAAGAAUCGUUCAAUCUAUGGGAGACUACCAAAAAAUCUGUGUUGAAUCAUGGAUAUCAUCAGACAAAUGGCGAUGCAUCUUCAGGGUUAUCUCGUCAACCAAGCUUAAAGGAAAGAAAAACGUGGAUGUUAUCACUGAUGUAUGGCAAAGCCAAUGGAGAUGAUGCACCUAAAUCACCAAACUAUGUAAAGCCUCCAGCUCCGAUUCCAACUGCAUCUACUGGACUUUGGAAUGGAAAUGGAAAAUCUGAUAUAGUUUCACCUUCACCUACUGUCAUCAAUGAUCUCCUGAAUUUAAAUAAAUCAACCGAAUCAGUCAAAUGUUUGAAAGAAAAAUUUAUUCAACAGACCACACAGUCAGACAGUAAUCUCGCCCCCAAGAUAAUCCAUCCAAAAGAACAAAUAACCGAUAAAAUUACCAACAAUUUUGAACAAUGGGAGAAAAUGGUCCAUCAAAUGUCUCGUCCUCUAGUCAUUAAUGAUAUGGAUUUCACCGAUCUUGUUGACGAUGAUGACACCGAUAUCUGUAAUCCCAUUGCUAAUGUUAUUGUUCCUAAUUGUGGACCUCCACCGCCUCCUCCAAUGUUAUCAUUAAAUGGUUCGAAUCCUCCUCCGCCUCCGAUUAUGAUGAUGUCACCGCCACCACCACCACUACCAAUGUCAUCUGGAGGUUGUCUGCCACCACCACCGCCACCUCCAAGAUUCAAUGGACCCGGUUUAGGUAAUUGGUCUUCGAUUAAUAAUGGUCGUAACACAAAUACACCAUCACCACCUAUUCCCCCAGAUUCUAAAUCUUCACAAAACAAAAACAAAAAAACGAUAAAAUUAUUCUGGAAAGAAGUAAAAGAAGAUAAAUCACUUUUGAGUAGAAUAAUAAAGAAAAAGACCAUUUGGGAUGAAAUCAAAAAUGUAUCUGUUGAUACCGAGAAAUUGGAAACUCUUUUUGAAAGUCGUACCAAAGAACUAAUGAACAAGGGAUUUGAUAAAACUCAAGAUGCUAAUAAAAAAAAUGAAAUCCUUGUACUCGACACCAAACGUUCCAAUGCGAUCAAUAUUGGAAUGACUAAACUACCUCCUCCAAGAGCAAUAAAAACUGCCAUACUCAAAAUGGAUCAAUCAAUCAUGAAUAGGGAAGGCAUUGAGAAAAUUCUAACAACUAUGAUGCCUACAGAAGAGGAAAAGAAUAAAAUUAUGGAAGCUGAGAUGAAUAAUCCGGAUAUACCAUUAGGGCAAGCCGAAUCAUUUUUGAUGACACUAUCUUCAAUCACUGCUCUCGAAGCUAGACUUCGUUUGUGGGCAUUUAGAUUGGAUUAUGAACAAAUGGAACGAGAAGUAGCUGAACCAUUAAUGGAUUUGAAACAAGCAAUUCAUGAACUUGAAAAAAGUGAAACUUUUAAAAUUAUUCUUGGAACACUUAGAUCAAUCGGAAGUUUUUUAAAUGGAUCCGAUGUGAAAGGGUUUCAAAUCGAUUACCUGGCCAAAGUUCCAGAAAUCAAAGAUACCAUUCAUAAGCAUUCUUUGUUGCAUCAUUUGGUUCAAAUGAUCAUGGAAAAAUUUCCAAAUACCUCAAAUCUAUACUCGGAAUUAGGAGCUGUAUCACGUGCCUCUAAGGUCGAUUUUGAUGAUUUAGGAAAAAAUCUUCACAAAAUGGAACAAGAUUGCAAACAAUCUUGGGAACAUUUAAAAGUUAUUUCUAAAUUUGAUGGAUCAAGUCCGAUGAAGAAUAAAAUGACAGAAUUUUUAACUGAUUGUGCUCAACGUAUUAUUGUACUGGAAAUCAUUCAUCGUCGUAUAAUGAAUCGAUUUAAAAAAUUUCUCGUCUUUUUGGGAAUGCCUUCAAAUGCGAUCAAAGAGAAUAAACCAAAUCAUUUGUUGAAGAUUAUAAGCGAAUUCGCUUUGGAAUAUCGAACUACUCGAGAACGAGUUAGAGAACAAAUCGAAAAGAAAGCAAAUCAUCGUGAAAGAAAUAAAACCAGAGGCAAAAUGAUUACUGAGUUGGACAAAUUCAAAGCUAAAGAACAUGCCGAAUCUGAUUUGGAGCGAAUUCUCAAAACUGGGGGUGAGACACAAUUUGAUAAUGGUAACGUAACAAAAUGGGGAACUUUACCCGGAACAAAAUUACGACGUCCAUCUACUGGUUCGAUGACUAAUCUUGUAAUUAAUGGUAAUGGUUCUGGUCCAAGAGGAAUACAUUCAUACCGACAUAGUGUUCAUGUUGAAUCUUAUGGUGAGGCUGACGAUGAAAUACUCGAAAGCUUGGUACGAUCGACAACUCAACAACCUGUUAGAGCUCAAGAGAAAAAUCGACGAAAAGCUCGCUAUGGAGAACGGAAAUCGUUGCGACGAACACUUAGAGGAAAUCUUGAUCUAUCGGAAGAGGAACGAAUGAUGCUGUCAGCUAUUACCACAUAAUGAUUGCUUGUUUGUUAUACCAAUUCAUACAUUUGAAUCAAAUUAUUUAUUUUCAUGGAAUACUGUGAUCUCAAAAUGAUAACAGCUAAAAAAAUGGUUUUUACGCGUCCACAUUGGUCUUUAAAUCUAAUAAAUAGACACCGAAUUUAUUAUUGUAACAACUUAUAAAAAUUUUCGGACUAAAUUAUGGACUAAAUUCUAUUCUAGUCACACAACCAAUUCAAAUACGAAUCGAAACUGAUUCAAACACUCUAUUUAACCGAAACAUCAAAAUCAUUUGCCUCAAAUCAUCUCACAGAAACACACAAGAGAAUACAUUUUGUUGACAAAUUUUAAUUAUAUUUAUUCCUACAAAUAAUGUUUAGCUCUACAUUUCGCUUUUACUCUAAUUUUUAUAUAAAUUGAUAUAUAAUACAAAACAAUUAAUUAAUAUUUUCA